UUCUGAAUAAUAAAGUUGCCCAAAAUGGAGAUAGAACCGAAGAAUAGGGAAUCCGAGAAUAUUCUUGGUGACCAUGAGCACACUUCAGAUUUCAGUCCUACUCCCAAUAAGAUCCUGACCUUUAACGGCAAAGAUGGUAACUCAGAGGCUGCAAGAAGACCUGGAGCCACUCUUGACAGAGAAAUGACUAAAAUAAGAGGCAAUAGUUUAUUUGUCAUCAUUGUUAGUUCAAUAAUGAUGUCCUUUGCUUGAGCUGAACUCAUGGUUUUUGCAUCACCUUUCCUUGAGCUAGUCCCUCCAAUAAUGUGUCUCACUGAUUCUGAGUGGCAUGCAUGCGAGAAAGAGCAAGCGUGCACCCCAGGAGUCCAAUACGCACUUGUUGACGAUGAUAAGUACAGUUUGAAAAAUUGGGUCCAAGAUCUCGAUAUCGUGUGAAGCCCUGAAUGGAAAAUCGGCAUGAUCGGAUCAGCCAUAUUCGUUGGGAUGUUUGUAGGAGCACUUGUACUAUCCCCUGUCUCAGAUAUAUAUGGAAGAAGGCCUGUCCAUAUCAUUGGAGUUGUCGUCUCACUCAUUGGAAGUAUAUGGAUAUAUUUCUUUCCAAAUUGGACCUCAGUGCUCACAUCUCUGUUUUUCAAAGGUGUUGGAAUGUACACCAGACUAUCAAUAUCAUACCUAUACACCCUGGAGAUGUUUGAUGAAGAGAGAUGCAAACCAGUUGCAACAAUCAUAAUGUCUAUCAACAAUUCCUUGUCAAGCUUGAUGGCUUUAUACUUUAUUUUUGGAGGAAGAGAUGCGACAUUUUUCCUGCUUUCCUCAAUUUUUAUUUUAGGAUACUCCCUCAUUUUCAUUCCUCUGCUUCCUGAGUCUCCCAAAUUUUUGUUCUCUCUAAAGAAGUACAAUGCAACCAGAUCUACACUUAUUAGGAUAGCUGAGAUCAACGGAGUCAAGUACGAGAAGCUCCCCUUCCAGGAAGAACUCGAGCUGCAUGGGCUAGCAGGAUUUAAAGCAGAGGAACAUCUCCAAGUAAUUGAAGAGAAAGAUGGCGAAUCCAAGAGCUUCCUUGAACUGUUUACAAACUUCAAGCUCUUUACCAACAUGUGAGUCACCAUUUUCGUGUACAUGUUUAAUGUCUUCAGUAUGUACAUGAUCUCCUUCAUGGUAAAGUACCUUCCAGGAGACAAGUACUGGAACCUAUUUUUCAUUGGGCUCGCUGAUUUCAUCCCUUCAGUUCUGAGCGGUGUAUUAAUGGCACUUCUGCCAACCAAGAAGGCGAUGAUCCUGACACACGGAUUCAUUUGUAUAGCCGUUGCCAUCUCUUUUAUCACUAAUUAUUACGACAACGAUGGAAUUGUAGACCCAGCAUACACAGGAGAGAACUUUGACAUGAGCAAUUUUGUUUCUAACAACAUUGCAUACAUCAGCAUGGCAGUGAUCUUCUUGAUCAGGUUCGCUAUUACACUUGAAAGUUGACUAAACUUCUACAUUGUCUAUGAGCUAUUUCCCGCAAACUUCGCAUCAGUGGUCUACGGAGGAUGCAAUAUCUUAGCAGGACUGGUGUCUAUAUUCUCGCCCAUGGCUGUUGAGAUCUUCGAUAAUCCCCUGAUUCUGGUCUUUGUGAUGGCCUGUAUCUGCACUUUCCUCUGCACAAUUCUUAUUGAAGGCACUAAAACUUUGACAUAAUUAAAGAAGAAAGGUUCAAUAGAA